AUGACAAGGAAGAAAGUGAAGUUGGUUUGGAUUGCAAGCGAUAAUGCAAGGAAAGCCAGUUUCAAAAAACGAAGGCUCAGAUUGUUAAAGAAAGUAAGUGAACUCACCACUCUCUGCGGUGUUUUCGUCUUUGCCGUCGUCAAUGGCCCCGACGAGGACCAUCCCGUCAUCUGGCCAUAUCUCUCCGCCGCUCAACACCUCUACCGUCGCUUUCUCAGCCUUUCGGAAGUCGAACGCCAGAAGAAAAUAAUGAAUCAAGAGACGUAUCUCAAGGAACGCACCACCAAAGCUCAAGUUAUGCUAAAGAAACUCAUCAAGAAGAAUCAAGAACUCGAACUCGAUCUUCUGAUGCAUCAAUUGCAUCAAGGUCGUCAUAUUUCCCAACUUACCAACGAGGAACUUCUCGCAUUGUUCUGGAUGGUCGGAAAGUGGAUAAGAGACUGCCGAAAACGAAUCGAGUAUCAUCAAGAGGUUCAUCGUCCUCCUCCUCCUCCUCCUGAAUUUGUUCCUUUUAACUCUCCUCUGCUUGAAAUAGGGAGCAAUGAGAUGGAUCUGGUUGAUAAUGGAAGGAAUUUGAUGGAUCAAUGGUUUAUUGAUAUGGUGAUGAAUUCAAUUGAUAAAAUUGGGGGAAGUAGUAGCAGUAUGGUAGAGGAGUUAGGGUUUGUUCAAUCGGAAGUGAAUAUGGGUGAUUUGAUGAAUGGAGGAAAUUCGAUGGUGGAAAUCGGCGAAUUAGGAGGAACGGAAACGAUUAUUGUUGAAGGAGAUGGCGAUGAGAAUAUUUUAUUAUCAGAGUGGAAUUUUGGGGUAAAUGACAAUUUUGGAAUGAGUGAGAUUGAGAAGCUUGUGAACGACAUUAAUGCCGUUGGAGUUGAGGCUACUGUUAGUCCUAUAGAUUUCACUCACCAAGUGGGUUUUGGAAUCGGUGGUGACGUCAACGAUGGAGACCCUACGGGGAUUCUGUAUUUUGAUGGCUGCUACUACCUCUUACCCUGCCCUUGA